AUGUUUAAAGCAGCAAUACUUCUUUCACAUCAAUACAACAUGACAGUCGAUGGAGAAUUUAUUGGAUGGCAAAUUAUGGAAACAAGAGGAGAUGUAAUCGAUUCCCUCAGCAAUACCUGUUUAGCAGUGUCAAAUGAAAAGAUCGUUGGCAUUGUUGGUCCAGUAUACUCAAGAGAAGCUCACAUUAUUGCUCCUUUCGCCAAUAAAAUCGGUAUUCCAGCAAUAUCAUAUGCUGCAACUGAUCCAGAUUUAAGUGAUCGAGUUACAUAUCCUGCAUUCUAUCGUACAGUUCCUUCAGAUAACACUGCUGCAUUAUCGAUCGCACAACUGUUCAUAAAGUUUAAUUGGACAUCAUGUAUAAUUAUCUAUCAAAAUGAUGCUUUUGGAUACGGUGGAGUCAAAGCAAUAAAACAGACAUUUAAUAACAAUGGUUUGAAAGUGAGGCGGACAGUUCCGUUUGAUAUUUCCAAACUGGACAUUCAAGGUAAUUUAAAAGAAAGCUUAAUUAGCAGUUCAGCACGAAUUGUAAUAUUGUGGGCUCAAUCAACUUAUACAUCUUUGAUUCUACAAUCUGCACUCGAUUUUGAUGUACUCGGCCCACAUUUUACAUGGAUAUUAAGUUCAAGUGUUCCGUUGAAGUUGUUCAAUAGAACAUUUUAUGAAAAAUUAAUCGGAAUGCUGACAAUCCAACCUACUGUAGGAGAUGUAUUGAGUAAACCAAUUAAUAGAACAUUAUUGAAUGCAGCAUAUCAUAUAUGGGAACAGUACGAAUCUACAUCAUUUUUCGGAUCACCACAGAUUAAUAACUACGCACUAUUUGCAUUUGAUGCGACUUGGUCAUUGAUUCAGUCAUUGCAACAACUUUGUUCAACAAGUGUAAAUAAUAAUUCUUCAUGCAUGUCGUUUAUCAGAUCUUCAUUCUGUUUUGAUAGCCGUUUUCUCAAUUCUAACGCUUAUUUUAAUAGAAUUAUCGGCACUGAAUUUCUUGGCGUAUCUGGUCCUAUUCAGUUUAGUACUAAUGUAACAAACCGAAUAAAUGGUACAUAUUAUUUGGCACAAAACGUUCAACCUUCUAUAAACAGUGUGGUUUAUGUACCAGUGUUAGAAUGGUCUGAUACUGACAACUGGAGAGAAUUUAAAGGAUCGAAUGCAAUUGUGUGGCCGGGUAAUUCAUUAGUAACUCCUAAUGGUCGUGCAAGACUUUCAAACGUAAUCUUACGCAUUGGUGUCACUGAAUCGAUUCCGUUUACAAUCAUCUCAAGUACCAUAGAUGAAUAUGGACAAAGACAAACAAACUUAGUCGGUUACGUACCCGAUCUUAUUAAUCUUUUACAGAAUAAGAUGGGAUUUAUUCCUCAUAUUAUAUUAGCACCUUCAAAUCAAACCUAUUCUGGAUUGGUUGAUGCAGUUGCAAACGGCGUUUACGAUAUAGUUGUAGCUGAUGUCACAAUUACUGCUGCACGAAGACAAAAAGCCGGAUUUUCGAAUUCCAUAUUUGAUAAUUCCUUACGUAUUAUAAUGCGGAAAAAAAUGGUGAAUAAAGUAGAUCUCAUUGCAUAUUUGGCACCAUUCUCAUUUAGUCUUUGGAUGAUGCUCUUAAUUACUAGCAUCUUUGCUGCUUUCUUAAUAUGUUUACUUGAGAGAUUUGAAAACCGAUCACUACGAAAUAGAUCAUUGAUUUCUGCAAUUACAAUGAGUUGGUGGUAUUCUGUUGGCACAAUUAUGGGAUAUGGUGCAGAUUUUCAAGUUACAACAGCUGCUGGACGUCUAUUGACUAUUGGGUUAUAUCUUUUAAGUUUAGUAUUAGUAGCAACUUAUACCGCCAAUUUAGCAUCUGAUUUAACAAUAUCAAAGGCAAAGGAUAUCAUUUCUGGGAUCGAUGAUAUAAAAAAUGGCAAAAUUCCAUUUAAUCGUAUUGGUGUUCGUAUAGGUACAGCUGGUGAAGAGUAUUAUUUGCGAGAAAUUUCUGGAGGUAACAAAAACUUUUAUCCAUUAAACUCUCGACAACAUAUGUACGAUAGUCUACUUAAUAAUUUGAUUGAUGCUUCUUUUAUGGAUAGUGGUACUGCACAAUAUGUAACAAAUAAUAUAUAUUGUAAUUUAACUUUAGUUGGUUCAGAUUUCGAUGAGAGUUCAUUAGCCAUUGUUAUUCCGAAACGCUGGUUAUAUGAACAGGAUUUAGAUGUCAACAUAUUAUCGUUAAGAGAAUCAGGCAUUCUUGAUGAUUUAAAAAGAAAAUGGUUUCAAAUAAGUAGUUGUUCUGGUACAUCUGAUAUACCGGCUGGUAUGGCAAUGGACACAAUGAGUGGCUUAUUUCUGACAUUUGCGGUCAUUAGUGCUUUAUCACUGCUAUUUUUUUUAUGGACAAAACGUUUUACUAUGAAAGCCUACUUGUUCAAAUUAGCAGGUUGCAAUUAUUCGCUAUUCGAAAAAAGUACCUCUAUGGUAAAAUUCACAUCAGAGACUUCUGAGCGUUCACAGCACUCUCAAUUGGCUUCAUCUGAACGUAUGUUUUUUUAA